AUGAAGUCUUUCACAAAUAUUCCUUCAAGUAUAAAUAUUAUAUGUUUGCUGAUAAAUAUAUGCGAUGUCUGUGCGAUAUGGCCUCCAGCGUAUAGCGUAAAUUUAAGUCACGAGGAAACAUUUGUUAUUUCCGAACCACUGAAAGACAGCGACGUUCAGGAUGUGUAUGAUGAAGAGGAACUGAUUGAAAAAGAAGAUUUAGCUGAAAGACGGAGCAUGAAGUCACAAAAUGAAAAAUAUUUUCGGAUCCAUCGACAGGUAGGCAGAUACAACGACAAAUUUGGAGGUGAAGACGGCUACAAUAAAGAUAAGAUCAAAGUUUUUGAAGAAUAUAAUCCCGAUGUAGAUGAUCCUGUUCCUUGGAAAGCCGGUUUUGUGGAUGAACACGGAAAAUUUAAACCAGACGAAGGUAUUAUCUAUUUCGAUGGAGAACCACAGAGGUACUUUGGUAACAAUAAACCAAAACGUGAAGAAGAAGCAGCAGAUAAAAACGACAGUGUAAGUUACGAUUAUAAUAGUUUGAAGAAGGAAUAUGAGAAAAACAUAAAGGCUGCAGAAAAGUCAAACGACACGGUAAGAUAUUCCACGGUUAAAGAGGAAGAAUCUAUUAAAGAAUCCGUUAAGGCAAUGUUUGACUUCAAGAAGACUCCAAGAAACUGCACGGUGGAGGAAUCGAAAGGUAUAGGCUUGGGAGCCAUGGAAUGCUUCUGGAUGGAAAUGAAAAAGCCGAAGAUAAAAAAUCACGUCUUUGCAAAAGCGAUACGGAUAAUUAUAAUUUGGGUACUUCUGUACGUGGUCAUAGCUGUACCUUGUUGGUGUCAGUACGGAUGGGGUUGUUGCUGUUGUCGCUGCAAGUUUUGUAGACCUAGAGAAAACAUACUGGAAGUCCAGAAAUUCUUCGCGGAAAAUCCGGUGGGAGUUUAUCAUGAUGAAAAUGGCAAAGUGUUUAACUAUAAACCGACAAGUUAUGAGAAGUAUGCUUACAAAAAAUUGGAGCAGCAGCUCAACAAACUCUGA